AUGACUUUGGGAGAUAGAUUAGGUUUGAUUUUGAUUCAUCCUGCCGUUACUACAGUUCCUGGCUUAUUGGAAGCUAAAAAAUUAGAACUCUCUAAGAAAAACUAUGUAAUUGGUGAUCAAUUUUUGAUUAAUAAGCUUAACGAUAAUAGCGUUACUUUGGAGAAGGAUAAGUACGACUUGAUUUAUUAUUUGACUCCAGAAAAGGUGGAAGAUAUUAAAUUUCCAGUCAAAUUAAUUCCAGUGAUACAAUCUGCUUUAAAAACUAAUGGUUCUUUCUACGGACUAACUGAAGCAUUUAAAGUAGAUGCGUUAGUUAAUGGCUUUGAAAUAGUCUCUGUAGAGGACAACGAUUACCAUUGGAUUAAAAAAGCUGGAAGUGCAAAUGCCAAUGUAGUUCAAUUGAAGACCAAGAAAAAAUUAGGCAAUGAAGUUAAAAGUGGUAAAUUACCAACAUUUAAGUCUAAAUUGCCAACAUUUAAGAAAAAAGAUGCUGGAAAUAACGAGCAAGUUGUCAAAUUAAGUGUUGAAGAUGUUGAAGAUGACCUUGACGAUGACCCUGAGGUAUCAAAUGAAUUAUUAUCCAAGGCCAAAUUCUUUAAUUCUUUGAGUUUGAAUCAAGAUGCUGAAAUUGAUGAAAAUAAUUUAAUUAAAAGUACUGAUGGAGACGGCAUUACAAUGAUAACUUGUGGUAAGACAAAUACCAAGAAAAGAAGAGCUUGUAAAGAUUGUACUUGUGGUAUGAAAGAACUCGAGGAAGAAGAAAUUGAUAAUAUUAGAACCCAGCAAGAUAAAGUUGUCCAAUUCACGAGUGAGGAAUUGACAGAAAUUGAUUUUACAAUUGAAGGGAAACUAGUUGGCGGUUGUGGUUCCUGCUCUUUAGGUGAUGCAUUUAGAUGUUCUGGAUGCCCAUAUUUAGGUUUGCCUGCAUUUAAACCAGGUCAACCUAUUAGUCUAUCCAGUAUUUCUGAUGACUUGUAA